CAAGAGAACUGGCUGUACUCCCUGCUGCAAGCCUAGCAUUACAUACACUGUAGCUCGGCUCAAGCCUCUUCUAAAUAGGAAUACAAUGCAAAGGAUUUCCAGUGUCCCUUUCUGCUGCCUGAAGGGACUCUGAGCAGCCUUCUUGUAUCCUUAUGUUUUAGUUUCACUGUGGCGCCAGGCUUUCCGCUCAGGUUAUGAAGGCAGCUUUAUACUCCUGCUGGCAUGACUGGCCAGUGUACCAUGAAAGGACAUGCCAGUCAUCCUGGUGAGCUGAUUGCUCACUUUAAGCCCUAAUGGUCUAUCCCUUCUGGAGAUUGGGCUGAAGCGUCCACUAGCUGACUUCCCUCCUAUUCCUGCUGUGAUUCCCUCCUUCUACUUGGCGCACCAUGGGAGGAUGCUUCUCCAAACCAAAACCAGAACUGCACUGCUCCCAGGCUCAGCCCCGAAGGCACCGCUGUACACUUUCCAUCUGCCCCCCGGAUCCUCAUGUUGAAGUGAAAAUUGAGGUGGUGCUACCAGAGAAAGAGAGGGCCAAGGAAGAGAUGUCACCCAAUGGGAAAGCCAGUCCACUUGUUUACAAAGUCAAUGGGACUGCCCGGCAUUACCACCUUGAAGAACAUCCCAUCACCAUCAACCCCUACCAGAAUGUGAAGGAUGUAGUGGAAGCCUCCGUGUGCCACGUGAAGGACCUUGAGAAUGGACAGAUGCGCGAAGUAGACCUGGGUUGUGGGAAGGCUCUGCUGAUAAAGGAAAAUGGAGACUACUAUGCAAUGGGACACAAAUGCCCUCACUACGGAGCCCCACUGGUGAAAGGGGUUUUAUCCAAAGGAAGAGUGCGCUGUCCCUGGCACGGGGCUUGUUUCAGCAUUGGCACUGGUGAUAUAGAGGACUUCCCUGGCUUGGACAGCUUACCCAAAUUCCAGGUGAAAAUCGAGAAGGAGAAGGUGUACAUCCGAGCGAGCAAACAGGCUCUUCUGAUGCAAAGAAGGACCAAGGUUAUGGCAAAAUGUAUCUCCCUCAGCAACUACAAUAUCAGUAGCACCAACGUGCUGAUCAUCGGAGCAGGUGCUGCUGGAUUAGUUUGUGCAGAGACCUUAAGACAGGAAGGUUUCUCCGACAGGAUCGUCAUGUGCACAAUGGACAGACACUUACCCUAUGAUCGACCCAAGCUAAGUAAGUCAAUGGAUUCCCACUUAGAUCAGAUCACCUUGCGCCCUAAGGAAUUCUUCCGUACAAAUGACAUUGAGGUCCUGACAGAAACACAGGUUGCGGCUGUGGACAUCAAGAACAAGAUAGCUGUGUUCAAGGAUGGAUUUAAGAUGGACUAUAACAAACUGCUGAUAGCAACCGGAAACACGCCCAAAGCCCUUAGCUGUAAAGGCAAAGAAGUUGAGAAUGUUUUCAACAUCCGAACCCCAGAAGAUGCCAACCGAGUAGUGAAACUGGCCAGCAGCAAGAAUGCAGUUAUAGUGGGAGCCUCUUUCCUUGGGAUGGAGGUGGCAGCCUACCUGACAGAGAAGGCCCAUUCCGUGUCUGUGGUUGAGCUGGAAGAAGUGCCUUUCAAGAAAUUCUUUGGGGAGAAGGUUGGCCAAGCUCUCAUGAAGAUGUUUGAAAACAACAGGGUGAAGUUCUACAUGCAGACAGAAGUGUCUGAGCUGCGGGAGCAGGAGGGCAAGCUUAAGGAAGUUGUCCUGAAGAGUGGGAAAGUCCUCCGUGCAGAUGUCUGUGUCAUCGGCAUAGGUGCAAGUCCGGCAACAGGAUUUCUGAAGCAAAGCGGCAUUAACAUUGAUUCCAAAGGCUUCAUUGUCGUUAACAAGAUGAUGCAGACCAACGUCCCAGGAGUUUUUGCGGCUGGAGAUGCUGUCACCUUUCCACUGGCCUUGCGUAACAACAAGAAGGUGAACAUCCCUCACUGGCAGAUGGCUCAUAUGCAUGGCCGCAUAGCAGCUCUGAACAUGCUGGCCCAUGGCACGGAGAUCAGCACCGUCCCGUACCUGUGGACGGCUGUGUUUGGGAAGAGCCUACGAUACGCAGGCCACGGGGAAGGGUUUGAUGAUGUCGUCUUUCAAGGUGAUUUAGAUGAACUGAAGUUCGUGGCAUUUUACACCAAGAAUGAGGAGGUGAUUGCUGUGGCUAGUAUGAACUAUGACCCGAUUGUGUCCAAAGUCGCUGAGGUCAUGGCCUCUGGGAGAGCGAUCAGAAAACGAGAUGUGGAAACUGGAGACAUGUCUUGGUUAACUGGAAAAGGCUCUUAACAUGGAAAUAACUGAUUUCUGCUGAGGCUGCACUUGCCCGAGAGGAGACCGGGAUGACCAGGAGGCUCCGCUGCUAAAUGCAAAUCUAGUCAGCUGAGUCAUUGCCUCCCUCACACUUUGAAGAAUCGAGCAUCUUUCACUGAACCAUUAUAUUCCCAACAACGCCCUCUGUACACACAGCUGGUGGUUCUGACGCACCAGUGGCAGGCUGCAUGCGUGGGCUCUGCAGAGUUUAAAAACCCUAUGGAAACACAAGGAGAACACAGGAUCCCUGAGGAAGCACUGACUUGCCCUGGUCUUCAGAGUCUGAAGCAAGCAUACGCUCUAGCACCGACAGCUGCAUCUCUCCACGAGCCCUGCUGGCUGCAGGGACAUGUGGUGAAUAGAACAGAACUUACUGGCACUUUCUUCUGGUAGGGAGGGACCGCCUGCAAAAACAAGGCAAACUAGUCAUCUUGGCCACAUGGUAAAGUUACCCACCCUGGGACAUGUCUGCUCCCCCUAUAAACAAUGCCACAGCCUUUCACUGCACCCCAUGCUCCCGACUUCACCCACAAUACGCACCCAACUAGCCUACCCCUCACCCACACGCCACUCACAUCCCAGCAUGCCCUCACCAACACCCUGCAUCACUCUCCAACCUGCACCAACCCCCCCGCUCUCCCCUAGACACCCUAUGGUGCCGCCCUCACACAACUGCUUGCCUCCCCUGAAUUCCCCCAACCAGGUUCACUUUCCACCCACAGUGUCAUCUGCACCCACACAGCUUCAACCACAGCCACGGGCUCCCAUUUAGAUCCUUACCUGCACAGUCCGAGUCAUAUAGCUUCACCUUUAUCCACACCCUCAGCCAUAAGCACGGAGCUCCUGAGGUACACAGCUCACAGGGGCGAGCCUCCCAG